GGAUCGGAACUAUUAAAGAACCACUUUCCAAAUGUUCCAAUCUACAAUGGCUUUGCUUUUGAGGGCCUGGCUAAUCGAGAUUCGUUGGCGUAUGUCGAUACUUAUGGCUUGGCUCCAAUAGAGAAUAAGCGGGCAAUAUUUCGUGGAACUUUGCGAUAUAAGGGAUUCUCCGAUUUAAUGUAUUCGUUUGUUAAUAUCGGGUUAUUGGAUUCGGGUGAGAUGACCAGACAAAUUGAUAAUUGGACAGACUUUCUAGAUUAUUUGUUAUUCGACAAAUCUAAUGUGAAUAAUCCAAACAAUGAAUCCAGAAUUGACGCAAUAGCGGAUAAGAUAAAGCUAUCAAAAGACCACGAAAUGCUUGAGAACGUCAUCGAUGCUUUAACAUGGUUAUCCCUGUUUCCCAAGUCGUCCUCCAACACGCAAGUGCCUUCAUUUCCAAAUGUCAAGACACCAAUCGAUGCGUUCUGUUUCUUGCUACAAAACAAGCUCGCGUACAGUGAAGGAGAGACCGAUCUGGUAGUGCUUCAUCACGAAUUUGGAGUCAAGAAUAAACAAGGCCUUGAGGAAAUACGUACAUCAACGUUGGUUGAAUAUGGUACUCCUGGUGGAUACACUGCUAUGGCAAAGGCAGUUGGGUUACCUGCUGCAAUGGCUGUUGAAAUGAUACUUCGAGAUAAAGUCAAAGAGUGUGGAGUAUUAUCUCCCACGUCUCCGUAUAUUUAUAAGACAAUAUUGGAGAAUUUGUACUCUCAAGGAGUAAGAAUCAUAGAGAAUACUAGUAUCAAAGGGAUGGCAUCAAGCUUAAGUUGGAGCGGAAGUGGAAUAUGGGAACGCUGA